AAAAAUUAUCUGCAAUGUUAAAAAACGAUUCUUAGUAUCUCGGAUGAUGAUGACUUUUGUCUCCCAUAGUUCAUAUUUUGAAAUUAUGAUGAUAUACUAAAUUGUGUUUGAGCAGUGAAAUUUGAUCUUCAGGGUGUUCGUGACAUUUUUUGAAAUGUUUUAGUCGGGGCCAAAUGCGGUCAACUGCUGAAAAUGGUUCCCCAGCUCUGGACUACUUCACAUUUUCAUCAAGCAUAGCUGACUACUUGAAAUCAGCAUCACUCGAAAUCAGCCACGCAGGUUCAGGGAGCAUAUUUGAGACACUACGGCUGGGCAAACCAUUAAUUGUGGUAGUCAAUGAGGAUCUAAUGGACAACCAUCAAAGCGAGCUCGCAGAAGAACUGGCUGAGAGAAAGCAUUUGUAUUGUGCUCGUCCACAAACAUUAUGCAAGACUAUCUUGGAGAUGGAUCCGCAAUCUCUUGUACCAUAUCAACCAGAUGACGCGAAACCAGUUGCUAAACUAAUUAACAGAUAUUUAGGUUUCCCAGAGGACUAAUUGAACUUACUGUUCUAUGUAGUUUACAUGAACUGAAGUUCAAUUGUAUGUGAUUUAUUAUAUUGGCCUAAGCUUGGAAUCUUCAAAUUUUCUGUUCCUAAUGAUAUUUUAUGUGAUUCAGUAACUGUCUCAGAAGA